AUGGAUUCGGGGAUCAACAGGAGUCUGGAGAAUGCGGGGAACAGGACCUGCCAUGAUCAACUGGUUUCAAAGAUGAACAUGAGCAAGAAGAUGGUGACUCUGACCAGCCCGCUCCAUGCUCUGGAGGUGCCCCUGGAAUUGAAGAAAAGCUGCCCCGAGAAGCUGGGGGAGAUGGGGAGCGAGAGGGUCAAGUUGACAAAGACCUUGAAAGAGAAGCAGAACAGUGAGCUGGACAGAGCCGGGCUCAAGAGGAGGACAGAGAGCGAGGAGAAGCCACCGCCCCCCAAGAAGGAGGUCCGGGUCACAGAGCUGGAGAGCCAGCUGAUUGCUCUGCCUCUUCCUCACAUCCCUUUGAAGAACAUAAUGGACGUGGAAAUGAAGCUGGUCUACAUCGACGAGGAAGACGUCACCUACGAGUUUGUGGAAUCGCUGGUUUCCACCAGCUCUCCGGCCACCUGUCGAGCGGCUGAAAUGGUGGACUCUCUGAAUGCGCCUCAUUUCAGCUUUCUGCCUCAGAUUGACAAGUGGCUCCAGGUCGCCCUCAAAGAUGCCAGCACCUGCUACCGACAGAAGAAGUACGCUGUCGCGGCGGGGCAGUUCAGAACAGCCUUGGAGCUUUGCAGUAAAGGAGCAGCUCUGGGAAAACCUUUUGAAGCAUCUGCUGAAGAUAUCUCAAGUGUUGCUAGUUUUAUUGAAACAAAACUUGUUACCUGUUAUCUACGAAUGAGGAAACCUGACCUUGCUUUGAAUCAUGCUCACAGGAGCAUUGUUUUAAAUCCAGCCUAUUUCCGGAAUCAUCUUCGUCAGGCAACAGUGUUUAGAUGUCUGGAGAGAUAUUCGGAAGCAGCCCGGAGUGCCAUGAUCGCUGACUAUAUGUACUGGCUGUCAGGAGGAAACGAGCAGUAUGUCAGCAAGCUCAUCAAGUUGUACUGGCAGGCAAUGAUCGAAGAAGCCCUCACCAGAGCAGAAUCCUUCUCGGUCAUGUACACGCCAUUUGCAACCAAAAUAAGGGCUGACAAAAUAGAGAAAGUGAAAGAGGUUUUCUCAAAAACGCACCCUGCAUAUAUGGAGUAUGUGUACACAGACCUUCAAGGACUUCACGUGUUGCCUCAGACAGUUGACUGGUCAUCAUUCCCUCCCCAACAAUAUUUAUUAACACUUGGGUUCAAAAACAAAGAAGAUGGAAAAUUUUUGGAAAAAAUGUCAAGUAGGAAGCUGCCCACAUUUACAGAGCACAAAACCCCCUUCAGCCCGUUGACCAGGGAAGACGCAGCGAGACACAUGGAAACCAUGGGCAAGAGGAUCCUGCCAAUACUGGAUGUCAUCCGAAGCACUAAAUUAAAUGGGAGUUUCCGGGCAUGCUCCGGCGUGAUUGAGAAGUUGCAGUAUGCCAGCCUCCUCAGCCGACUACAGAGAGUCAAGGAGCAAUCUCAAGUGAUUAACCAAGCCAUGGCUGACCUGGCCACCAUCCCCUAUCUCCAAGACAUCAGUCAACAGGAUGCUGAGUUGCUGCAGUCGCUAAUGUCAGAUGCUAUGGACACCCUUGAAGGAAGAAGGAACGAUAAAGAACGGGUGUGGAAUAAAAUACAGAAGGUUGGGCUAAUUGAAGACUUUCUAUACCAAUUAGAGGAUAGUUUCUUAAAAACCAAAAAACUGAGAACAGCCAGGAGGCAGAAAAUGAAGAUGAAGCGGCUGCAGAGUGUACAGCAAUGCUAG